GAAAAACCAGUCACACAGCAUGCACACAAGUUUCUACUGUUUUUAGUACUGUGUACUGUUUAACGGUUUUUAUCAAACUCCAAAGAUUUCUUUUAACUUGAAUGGGCUUAAAAUUUUCUUAAUUAAUUGACAUUUUUAAUUUUGACAUGGAGCUUUUGUGAUUUUGAUUUUAUGUGUAUAUUUUGUUGCAACCAUUGAGAAAUUUAACAUCAAGUUAUUGUUCAACAUCAACAUAAUAUUCUUUGCAUAUUGAAAAUCUACACCGAAAAUGGCGUCCCAAGCAGAAAUUUGGAUUGAUAUGGAGGAGGAAGUGAUUAAAACAGCUAAGGCUGUUUAUGAGAAACUACAAACAAACUGGGAAGAGCUCUACGGAAAUCAAAGUGAAGAGGUCCUCAAAAGAUCUAGAAGCUUUAUAGAGAACAUGAAGGAAUAUCUUUUCAAUCUGGAAAGAGAAUCGGACAAUGAGAAAACGGCAAUGAUCUCCAACAUUGAAGAGUUGUUGGCGAAAAUACAGAAGCUACAAAAGGAACUUCACAUCAAAGAAAGCAUCGACAUGGAGUUCGAGCCGCUGGCCGAAGUGAACAACAAGCUAUACAACAUGUUUUCUUCUCACAUGCGUUUGAAACGAGAGAGGCAGGCUGAGUACAAGAAGCUGCGAGACGAAGAGGAAGAGCUUUGCAAACUUCUCCGUCUGCAGCUGGCGCCAGAGGUCAAAGGGGUGGCUUCCCAGGCUGAAAUGAACAAUCUCGAGGAGCUGAUAGAAGAGCUCAAGGAACAGAAGGCAGAGAUGGAGAACUCCAUUGAUGAUCUGCGAAAUAAAUGCACAGAGCUGAUGAAUGAGCUUGGAGUGUCCCCACUUCUGAGCAUUGAAAAGUUUUGCAUCAGUGGUAACACCACAUUGUUCAGCUACGACAGAGACACAGAAAAAGAGCUGAAGAAAUUGUUGGAGAAGAUGCUGAAUCAGCAACAGAGUGCUAUUGAAGAGGCCAACCAGCUGAGGAGUAAACUAAGUGUACUGUGGGAUCGAGUAACCGUGCCUCACCACAUCAGAGAUGAAGUACUAAGCAAUUGUCGCGGCCACUCCAAACAUGAAAUAGCACAGUUGAGAAAUGAAGUGAAUCGAUGUGAAGAAUUGAAGCGUGCAAACUUGAAGAUUUAUGUCUCAAAAGUGAAAGAAGAAUUGCAGUCGUGGUGGGACAAAUGCUGCUUCUCCGAUGUGCAGAGAGCCUCUUUCCGUCACUUUCACGAGACACGGCUCACCGAGGAUUUGCUCGAGAUCUUGGAAAUGGAGUUGGAGAAGGUGCGAGGAUUCUAUAUGAAAUACGAACAUAUCUACCAGAUGAACGAGGAACGGAGAAUUAUGUUUGAGAAGUUUCGCGAACUGGAAGAGUCGGCCAAAGACUCUAACCGGCUAUUCAACCGCGGAUGUCUGCUGCUCAAGGAGGAGAAAGCUCGCAAGAAAUUGCAGCGUGAAAUGCCGGCUCUUGAGACGAAACUGAAAGCAAAAUUAGAUGAAUUUGAGGCCACAGAAGGCGAGCCGUUCCUUAUUUUUGGCAAGGAUCUCCGUCUCGAGAUGGAAGAGGAAUGGCAAGAGGUGCAUCAGAACAGAGAUGCUAAAAAGACGGCCAGGAAAGUGGCGAAGACCGUAGGAGUGGCACAGCCUGCCGCCAACAUGGGCACGCCCCUGAUGAUGAGGAAGCGUAAGCUACCACCGAGCAGCAGCAGCAGUCGUACCAACGUAAGCAAAGUUUGCAAAGUGGCAAGCAACACGUCCAUUCACACUUACUCACUAAGUUCGUGCAGCACUGACAAAAGUGCCGCCUCAUCCAAAAAGGUACGUCCAGGACGCCAAAAUGUGAAGGCUAUGACGCCUUCCAACGUGUCUACUUCAUCAACGUAUUCACUGUUCCAGGAGCACUUUGAAGACCUGACGAAAGAAGCCAGUACACCAUGUCGUAGCACAAUAGUAGUAACGCCUGUACAGAGCUCCGGCUACGGACAGACGCGCGUGCUGCGAGCGCGCAACGGUCAGGGUCCCCUGCACAGCUCACCCAAGACGCCGCUCGCCAAGCCCGACCACCGGCUCAAGGCCAACUCUCAAAACAUCCCCAAGAUAACAGUGUACAACAGCUCAGCUGCAAAGCGCGGCGCUCAGACGUCCGCCAACACCACGCGCCGCCUAGCUACGCCAGUUCGAAACGCGGCGCCCGCAUUCAGGAACGCCGUCGGCUCAGCUUCCCGAAUUCCGAAAGUUGUCUUGCCCACCAAAAGUCCAAGACUUCCCAUCAUUUUCUAAGCGUCUUCUCUUUUUCUAAGCGUCUUUCUCAUUUUCUAAGCGUACCUGUACUCUCUUUUGUAUUAUACUGUAAAUUAUAUUAAUGUAGCAAUAUUUUAUAAUGUUGACAUUCUUGUUUCAUGUGUGUAUUCUUAUCGGCUGUCCGAUAAAAACUAUUUUUUGUUCGACUAAAUAAUGUGUAUUUGAAAUGAAAAGUUGAAUUGUAACAAUAAUUUAGCUAAAUUCCUACAUAUCAGUGGUAGUGAAAGUGACUCGUACAGUGAGAUGAUUAUUGUUGUCACAAUAUUGGAAUGGGACUCAGCCCUGCUGAGUGGUAAACGUCCAAGUAGAAUUAAUGAAAAUAAGGUUUUCAAUGUGUCAGUCACUUUUACUGACUGGUAAGUGGGAAUCUAGCUUUAUACUAGUUGAGGUGCACAAGGAGAUGGCUUGGCUAAAAUUAGGUUUGCCAACAAAGCGUGCAAUUAGUACAUUUAACAUUCAUUGACUAUUAUUUUAUUCGGUUAAUUAAUUUUUGCAUUUUUCUAAUUUUAUUACAUCACCAAACUUCAUGUUAUAAGUUUAGUUUUUUAUUUGUUUCUGAACUAGGAUAAACAUUAUCAAAUUCC